AUGCCGAAAAGACGAGACAUAAUUGUCAUUGUAUUGAUUGUGUUGCCUUGGGCGCUGCUCAUCUUCUUUUGGCACCAAACCAAAAUUAGCCUUGGUCCAGCUGCUCAAAAAGGUAAAAUAUCAAUAUUUGGUUAGCGCUAUUCAGAAAUUUGACUUUUUAAAGCCUUUUGCAAACCUUUGUCAGCAAGUUCUGACAUUUUUUUUCAGCUUGCAAUGGUGCGCAAGGAGUACGUUUACAUCCGGCCCCCGCCCUGGUCCAAAACCCUUCCUACUCUACACAUCAUCACUCCUACUUACAGCCGCCCAGUGCAGAAGGCUGAGCUGACUCGUUUGGCCAACACUUUGCUUCAUGUCUCCAACCUGCACUGGAUCGUAGUGGAGGACUCCAAGAAUAGGACUGCUCUAGUUAGCCGCUUCCUUCAGGAAACAGGGCUUAACUUCACUCAUCUCAAUGUGGAGACCCCUUCAAACUUUAAAGCCAAAGGUGACCCCAGAGUACCACAUGGUACGUUGCAGAGGAACCUGGCGCUGCAGUGGCUUAGAGAGACCUUUCCUCUAAACACCAGCAAGCCUGGAGUCGUUUACUUUGCAGAUGAUGACAACACAUACAGUCUGCAGCUGUUUGAAGAGAUGAGGUCCACGAAAAAAGUGUCUGUGUGGCCUGUGGCAUUAGUGGGUGGCCUACGAUACGAAUCACCCAAGAUAAACACUCUAGGCAAGGUGUAUGGCUGGAAAGCUGUAUUCGACCCACACAGACCGUUUGCCAUUGACAUGGCUGGGUUUGCAGUGAGCCUCAGCCUUAUUCUGUCCAAACCUCAGGCUUAUUUCAAGUUACGAGGGGUGAAAGGAGGAUAUCAGGAGAGCAGCUUACUGAAGGAACUGGUGACUCUCAGUGAAUUGGAGCCUAAAGCUUCAAACUGCACUAAGGUCUUAGUAUGGCAUACACAAACUGCUAAGCCUGUGCUGAUAAAUGAGAGCAAGAACGGAUUUACAGACUCUACUGUGGAGAUAUAAUCUUGAUCUGACAAAGGAGGAGUCGUGACGACACACUGAGGAG